GCCGCUAUCUAAAAUAAUAAUAUUAAUACUAAUUAGGAAUAUCAUCGACCAAUGGCGCAAAUCGUAUCAAAUGGUGCAGCGAACAAUAAUGGCAGCGCUGAGGAGACUGAACCCUAUCCCAUUAGCGAUGAUGAGCUGGACGACCUGGACGACGAUUGCCUGCUGGAGGAGACGGAGCUGUCGGGCAGCACGAAUAGCAUAGGACGCGGUCCAUACGAGCGCGCCUGGACAACGGAAGCCACGCGUGCCCUGAUACACAUCCGCGGACCCAUGGAGGGCAGCUUCACGGAGGGCAGGCAGAAGCGGACAGCGCUGUGGCUGCACUGCACCCGGCAGCUGCAGCGACUGGGCUUCCGCUACAGCGCGGCCAAGGUGCAAAAGAAGUGGCACAACAUCCUCAUCACCUACAACAAGAAUCUGAACAAGAAGUACGUCUCGGGCUACGUGCACUGGGAGUUCUUCGAGGAGAUGUUCAAGUACUUGCAGGGCAAGAAGGCCGACUUCGACGUGCAGCUGCAGCCAGUCCAAAUGACGCCGCAGCAGCAACAGCAGCAGCAGCAGCAACAAGUGCAGGCACAACAGCAGCAACAGCAACAACAACAGCAACAGCAGCAGCAACAACAACAACAGCAGUCGAAGCCAGCAACGCCUCAGGAUGGACAGCCGUAUAUAACGCCGGUGGAUCAGGUGCUGUUGCAGCCGCAGGUGCAGCUGCAGCUCGAUAGCAAAUCGAAUGACGAGUUCGACGAGGACAGCAACAGCUUGUCGGAGGUGCGUCAGCCCAAGCUCGAGUACGAUGCCGAUCAAACGGGCAGCACCAGCAUUCCGGACCAGACGGAUAGCCAGGAGAUGGCAAUGGCUCCAACGGGCAAGCUCUACGAACAGUUGCCGCCGCCGCCCGCUCAGCAGGACGACAUCUGGUGGAAGGACUACUUCGAGCGCAAGCUGGACGUGGAGCGUGAGAAGAUGGAGCUGCAGCGUAGCUUGCAGCGCGAACAGCUGCAAAUCCAGAAGAUGUCCCUGGUCCAGCAGGAGCGCAUCGAGCGCAUGAAAAUCGAUGCCAUCAACAGUCUGACGGCCACGCUGCAGAAGCUCGUCGAGGCCAAGUGCCGCCGGGCCUAGAGGGAGAGUCGAGUGGAGUCGAGUCGAGUCACUAAGGCUGAAGCACUACAAAGCAGUAUUAAACUAAGUUCCAAUGCAUAUCCUGUCUACUUGAUGUUGAUGUGUAAUCCUUAUCUCUGUGUAAAUACAAUUUGGACAAUUCGACAGAUUU